AAAUAUUAUAUUAUAUUUAAUUGUUCCCUAUUAUGAAUAAUAAAGCUAUUGAUCAUUUGAUUAAUGAAUAAGGAACAUGUCUUGCCAUUCAUCUGAGUGAAGUUGGCUAACUUGCUUGAAGAAGCGACACUGCACGCAGGUACACAUACAGUGAAUCUGUUGGUUAGGAACGAUAGGAGUGACGACAGGUUUUAACAAUGUCGCUGCCCAUAGUAUUUGUGACGGGAAACGCAAAGAAACUGGAGGAGUUUGUCGCUAUUUUGGGAAAAGAUUUUUCUCGAUUAUUAACGAGUAAGAAGAUCGAUCUACCUGAAUAUCAGGGCGAAGCAGAGGAUAUAUGUCGAGACAAAUGUCGAGCUGCAGCAAACCUAGUGAAGGGCCCAGUGAUCAUUGAAGACACCUGUCUCUGUUUCAAUGCGCUGAAGGGUCUUCCGGGGCCUUACAUUAAAUGGUUCCUUGAAAAACUGGGCCCUGAAGGUCUUCAUCAGAUGCUCUUUGGAUUUGAAGACAAAUCAGCAGAGGCAGUUUGCACGUUUGCUUACUGCUCCGACGAGAACUCUGAGGUUCAAUUAUUUCAAGGUCGAACUCAAGGUACCAUUGUGAGUCCGCGAGGUUCCAGGGAUUUCGGUUGGGAUCCUUGUUUCCAGCCGCUGGGCUACGAUAAGACUUAUGCGGAACUAUCGAAGGAAGAGAAAAACAAAAUUUCUCAUCGCAGCAAGGCAUUAGAAAAACUGAAAGAUUUUUUGCUAAACAAUGAGAAGAUUUAAUUAAUAAAAAAAUUAGUUUAUACGAUAAAUUAAAUGUAAAAAAUAAAUAUAAUUAAAUAUAGUAUAAUAAAAUUACUAUCUGUAAUAAUAUAGUAAUACUCUAACUUAUUUAUAUGAUACGACAUGACGUAAUAAAAUUAUUGACGUUCUUAUGAUCCAUUUUGUCUUUUUUUUUUUUCAGGUUUUUUUCUCUUUUGAGAAUGUCUUGCUCCACAUUUAUAGAUAAUUUUUCAAAAAUUUUUACAGUUUUGCAUUAAUCAAUAAAUUACAGACACACUUUAUAAAUAUUUACAUUAAUCUUAUAAAAUCCGUUUAUACCGCUUUGUAAUCGAGAUAAUCGUUAUAUUAAUGUGAUCGCAUUUAUUACGAUUCUUUUUAAUUUCGAAGAAUACGCAACGAGUACGCGUUGUUUUGUCUUCACGUUAUAAUUUACGCUGUGACCUAUAAUGUUAACGUUCGAUAUCCGUUCAAUUUAUCAAAGGUGAUUCCUCUCUAAAAACAACGCAUGUAUUUCGAUGUCUUGUCACAGUGAUAGUCGUCGGACAGCAUAUGGAACCACUUACCAACACCCUUGAAACUAUUGUGACACUUUACAUCUGAAAAUCUGAUAACUUUAAUUUUAAUAGAUGACACAAUAUGCUACUCGACAAUUUCCUUCUUACAAAUUUUACGUGAUGCAACAAAUCAAAAUAUGAAACCAUAUAUAUUUUAAUCAUCUGGUGGUAGAUAUUGUUAAUCAUGUAAACCGAUACCUCUCAUACGCAAGCACUCAUAAUUAUAACUGUAAAUCAUGUACAAUAAUAACCACGACAAA